AUGGGAUCGGACAGAAUCGCUGCUGACAAUAGCACCACCGAGUGCGUAAAGGCAAGAAAUCUCACGUCCGUCCAUCGCGCCGGCUUGGCGGCGACUGGACGCGCGCGUAUUUGCCUACACGCAAAUUCCAUUGGGCGGCUCGGGGGUUUCGUUUUCAUGUUCAUCUUCAACCUCAUGUCCGGAGGGGCGGAUUCCCUUGAGAUUUCCCUGGGCGCCUAUCAUUCUUGUGCCCUGAUCGCGAGCGGCAAGGUGAUGUGCUGGGGAUCCAACGGUGACGGUCAGCUCGGGGACGGGACCUACACCGACCGCGCCAGCCCUGUUGAAGUCUGGGGAAUCUCGACGGCAACGAGUAUCGGCCUGGGCGGCUAUCACUCUUGUGCUCUGCUCCUGAGCGGCAAGGUGAUGUGCUGGGGUUGGGCUGGCGAAGGUCGCCUCGGCGACGGGACAACCAACAACAAGCGCACAACCCCGGUCAUGGUUUCAGGCAUCACGACGGCGACGACAAUCGGUCUUGCUCACGACCACUCGUGCGCCAUCCUGACUGACGGUAAGGUUAUGUGCUGGGGCUACAACUUCUGGGGCCAACUCGGGGACGGUACCACCACCGACAGCGCAAUCCCCGUUGAAGUCGUAGGUGUCCGCAACGCUACGAGCAUCGCUGGGGGCAAUGACCACACGUGUGCGCUGCUCGUCGCAGGCGCGGUGGCUUGCUGGGGGAGCAACGGCAGCGGCCAAAUCGGGGACGGGACUACCACCCAGCGCCUAUCUCCUGUUCAGGUCUCGGGAAUCUGGUCGGCGACGAGCAUCAGUCUUGGCGACUAUCACUCUUGUGCCCUGCUCCUCAGCGGCAAAGUGAUGUGCUGGGGCUUGAACGGCGGCGGUCAGCUCGGGGAUGGGACCGUCAAUAGCAGAGACGUUCCCGUCGAGGUUUUGGGCAUUUCGACGGCGACGAACAUCGGCCUUGGCGGCUACCACUCUUGUGCCGUGCUCAUCGGAGGUAAGGUGAUGUGCUGGGGCUUGAACGACAAUGGCCAACUCGGGGAGGGGCAACUUGCGGAUGGGUCAACCUCCGACGAUCGCCUCAUCCCCGUUGAGGUGUACGGAAUCACGACAGCGACGACCAUCACUCAACGUUUGGGCAAGUCGCACUCGUGCGCUGUGCUCACAGAAUACAAGGUGAUGUGUUGGGGAAGCAACAGUGAAGGCCAGCUUGGCGACAAUUCAACAUCCGACGGCACUCCCCGAUACAUUCCAGUGGAGGUUGAUGGACUCCUUACCGCGGCGGAUGAUGAACCAAAAUCGGAACGGUUUGAGGAUGUCUUGCUGUGGGCGAUUGUUGUUCCUGUCGUUGUAGUUGUCCUCAUUCUAUCAAUAUGGGGGUACCGGAAAUACCGACAGAACAAUGGGCAAGGUUGCUUCCACUUCAGGGAAACUGAGCUUGCCGGUAUCGCGGCGGCGGGCAACCGUCACAGAGCUCCUCCUCCCCCCCCUCCUCCUCCUCCUCCGCCACAGCAAGGAGAAUUCGGCAACGGCGGUGGCGGCGAUGUGCACGUAGAUUUGACAGCGGGGAACAACCGAGAAGAGGACGACGAGGUGGAGAUUACCGGCGCGAGCGGUAUCACUGGCGCGCUCCACGAUUUCCCACACUCGCGUCACAUCUGCCAGAACUUACCCCUCGACAACGGCCAUCCGCAUCGUGCGUCGUGCCCGAACUGCUGGUGCUUCGUCUGUGAGGUGCCCGCGCCUUGCGAUCAAUGGGGCGACGGCUCUAACCUCAACGCCGAUCACUGCCGCGCGACAGAGGAGGUGCCUCACUGGGUCCUUGCGAGGGACCUUGCGAGGGACGAACGCAGGGCUCGAAACGCGGCGUGAUAUUUAGAGGGAUAAACUUGAUUACGAAGGUAGACUAAUAAUAUU